AUGAUUUGGGACAAAAUCAGUGAUCGUGUUUUCAUCUCAACUGAACAGCUUGUUGAACGUGUUCGUCGAGAUAUUAUUGAUACGACCGUACGAAAUACAUCUCGUGACUUACUUAUCUCCAUUGAAGGUAGUUCGGUUAUGGACACUCAUCGAUGUGUGCCUGAAUUCAAAUGGAUGCGAUUACUGAGUGAUACAUUAAAGCGUUUCACGCCUACCGAACGCUCACGUCAGGAUAUGAUAAAUACACUCCGCUAUCAUUUUGAUAUGAACGCUGCUAACGAGAAGUUUGUUAAUGAUCUUGCCGAACAUUACCAACCAAAAGAUGCGCUCACUUGGUAUUGUAAAGCUGGGCCACUCUUUCGUAUGCUCAAUCGAGCAUUACGCAAUGGACGCAUGGAUAUCAUUUACAAAUACCGUCAGAUAAUACGAGACAUCUCAUUGGCUCUCCAACAUGAACACUGUGCACAACAUCAAUACUAUGAAGUAAUAACAAUGGGUGAUCCUUACUAUGUUUUUCGUGGACAAAACAUGCCGAUGGCAAAUAUUGUAGCGCUUCAAGGAAGCAUUAAUAAAGUUGUUUCAUUUAAUGGAUUCAUCUCAACAAGUCAUGAUUCAAAUGUCGCUAAAACAUUUCUUCAAUCGCGUGAGAGCGGAUUCGAGCCUGUUCUCUUUGCUUUCAAGAUAGAUCGUAAUCAAGAAACAACGUCUUUUGCUGAUAUCAAGGAUUUUAGUAGUAUGAAAUCGGAGGAUGAAGUAUUAUUUGAUCUCAAUUGUCUGUUCCGUGUUACUGCUAUUACUAAAAAGGAAUCUGAGGAAGCAAACGAGGUAGAAACAACAAACGAACCGCAACAGCCAAGCACAGUUCCAACUACUCCAGCACAUUGUUCAUUAUCGAUUGAUUUCGAUCCAUUACCAUUUACAGCUGGUUAUGUUGUUGAUAUAACUGAUACUUGGUCUAGAUGUUGA